AUGAAAGCAGUAUCCAUUUUAAGUGUCAUUGGUAUAGUCGGCUUAGUUUAGAACUACGCCUAAGCAGCAGUCCCAACUGCCAUAUUCCAUGGCUUUGGUGAUACCUGUAUUUUCCCAGGAAUGUGGGAGUUUACCGACACUAUUGCAAACUUGACUGGUGCUUAUGCCCACUGUGUUGAAAUUGGAUAUGGUUCAGUUACCUCUAUUCUUGAGAACUUUGAGACUUAAGCUGAAUCAGCAUGCAAGAGCGUUUAGGAAAAUCCAAAUUUCCAAGGAGAGUUCAAUGUUCUCGGACUUUCAUAAGGAGGUCUUAUUGCCAGACAUAUUGCUGAGAGAUGCGUUGUUAAGGGUAAAGUAAGAAACUUGGUCACUGUCGGAGGUCCAAAUAUGGGAGUCUCAGCUACCCCUAAUUGCUUCGAGGGAUACUUCUGCAAUAUUCUUAACUUCAUUGUGAAAAACUUAGUUUACUUCAGUCAAAUUCAAGACUUGGUUGGUCCAGCUGGCUACUUUAGAGACCCUAACCAUUUAGAGGAGUACUUAGACUAUUCAGUAUUCUUGCCAUUCGUUAAUGGUGAGAAAAAGGGAAACAAUACUGAGGCUGUCUUUGAAAAAUUCUCUACCUUGAAUUCUGCACUCUUCAUUAUGUUUAGUGAAGACACUAUGAUCUAUCCAAAAGAGACAGCUUGGUUCUGGCAACUUCAAGCUGAUGGUACUGUUCUCCCAGUUAACCAAACUUCUUUCUACAAGAACGAUUUAAUUGGUCUUAGAGCACUUGAUGAAGCUGGAAAAACCCAAUAUGUUGAGUUCGAAGGUAACCAUUUGCAAUUCACUAAUGAGCAAAUCAGAGACGUUAUUGCUCCAGUUUUAUUGAAAUGA